AGCUUCAGUUGUAGUUUAUCGUUCUAGCAGUAGGUUGAAAGUCAGAUUCGAGUCCCGAAAAGGAUAUAGUUUAGUGGUAGAAUGUAUUAUAUUAUUGGAUUGCUCAGCCUGCUGGCCUUGGGAGCGAGUGCCGCACCUACGGAUAAAAACUACUUUGCUGAUUUGCCAAAGUGCUCGACUGAGGAGAAUCAACUGGGGGAGUGCGUCAAGCAGAUAUUUAACACACUGACUCCGCGCCUCAAAGACGGCAAUCCAGAGCUGAGAAUCGAGCCCUACGAACCUUUGAAUCUCAACCGAACCAGCUUCCAAUACUCCAGUGGCAAUGUAAAUGGCCGGAUCACCAUUCGCAAUGCCAAGAUCUACGGCUUCUCCGCCAAUCGGGCCAAAGACGUGUCCGUCAAACUCAAUGGCGACAAGGUGAAACUCCGUCUGGUCACCGAAAUGCCCAAGUUGAACAUUGUGGGCAGCUAUAAGGCCGACAUGCAAGUGAAUCAGCUGCAGUUGAAGCCCAAGGGUGAAUUCAACGUAACGCUCAUGGAUGUGGAGGCCACAACGUUGACCGAUGGUGAGAUCUACGAGAAGGAUGGUCAUCGGUACUUCCGAAUGAAGAAUAUCGAAACGAAGCCAAAGAUUCGGGAUCUGGUCAUCAAGGCAAACGGAAUAUUUGCAGAUCCAGAACUGGAUCAAAUAGCGCUGAAUGUGGCUAAUCAGUAUUGGCGCGAUAUCUACGGCAUAAUGCUGCCUGAGACCCGACAGUAUUGGCAACCCCUUUUGUUGCGAAUGUUCAACGAGGCAUUCGAACUGGUUCCCAUCGACCAGUUUCUCAAGGAGUAGCUCAAUUAGCUGAUGGACUAAGCUUGCGCCAGUUUGGAUUCCUCAUUUUGAGCCACAAUAAUUAAGCCCGGUUUUAAUGAAUUUUUCAUGCCCUAGUUGAGCGCAAGUGUAACACAUUUUUAACGCUGUGUGACCCAAUGAUAAUGGCGUUAAUAGGUUAAGUGCGCACCCCGACCUUUGACCUUGGCUCCAACUGUCGAGUGGCAACUGAACUGCUGUGCAAUUGAGCAAGACCCAAGCGCCACUGGCAACUAUCUCCGAACUUGAAUUAAGUGAAUUAACUCCAUCUGAUUGCAAAAAUCAGUUUAUCAUUUGUGGUCCUCCAUUAGAGGAACUAUCAGAUGUUACUCUAAUAAGUUGAAUUAUAAGUUGAUACAGCCGUAAA